AUGACAGACUACUGGGUCUCGACGAAGAAGCAUUACUGUGAAGUAUGCCGCUGUUGGAUCACGGGUUCUGCUCUGAAUAUCAAGAAUCAUGAAUCAAGUGCUCGUCAUAUUUCCGAGCUUCGCAAAAAAUUGAUUGAAUCGCAUCGACGUCAGGUGGCUAAGAAGGAACAGGAUGACUUUGAAGCUGAAGAAAUUGCCAGAUUAAAUAGUGUGACAAUUGAUGGUCCGGCAAUUAAUGAAACCAGUACAAGUAGUAGUUUGCCGAGCAGUUCUCUGUUCAGACAUAACCGUGUAUUGAACCCGCCAGUUGACAAGGAGAGGGAACAACAACGUUUAAUGGCAGCUUUAUCCAGGGCGUUGUCUGGGCAACCACAAGAUGAUCCCGAAACUAAUCGGAAUACAACAUGGAUGGCAUUUAUUGAUCAAGAAGACGGUACUUUGACGUACUACAACAAUGUAACUGGUGUGAAGACAAAAGUUCGUCCACGAGAUUUUGAUGGCGUUCUGCCAACGACCUCAAGCUCUCUUACAUCAAAUUGGGCACUAAAAUAUGAUCCUACAAAGCAGGCUAAGUAUUACCAGAAUCUUGCAACUGGAGAGAUAAGGUGGAUAGAUCAGCCUAGUUCAGGAACGACAUCAAGACAUUCUGAAAAUGAUCGUAAACUUCCUUUAUCAACACUUGCUAUCAAGACGGAACAUGUUUCAUCGGAGCAAUCAAGUUCCAAGUCACCAUCGCAAAUACGUAUCAAGUUGGAACCUAAAGAUGAUGAUUCGGUGUCUGUACCUGUUCAGGUUAAACGUGAGCCUGAGGAUGAGCCCAGUGUACCGCAUACUGAAUCUCGGCGUGAAGAGCCACCUAAACAGUAUGCAGCACCUGAGAUUGGCGAAUGGGAGGUUGUUAAACCGGAAGACAGUGUAUUUUCGCAUUCCAUAGUUUCAAUUGAACCUUACCUUGAACCUCCCGCGGCCCCUGUUCGUGAACCUGAUAUAUUUGACGUAAUCAGGGAGGCUACCUAUGAGACCCCGUUAUUGAAUGUGGACGAUAUGCAGUUACAGGAGAAGCAGGUUUUCUUUAAGCAUAAGAAUUUAGAAGGAACUGACCCUGCCGAUGCUCCGGUACAGUUCGCUAAACGCAAGUUACCAAAGAAGAAAUGA